GCAAUGGCGAAACACACGUGUUGUCCACGAGUGUCGGGCAUUCUUUCAUUUCAAUUUUUCGUCGGUGAAGUUCGGUGUAUAUUUUCUUGUGUGAGCUGUAAUAUAAUUAACGAAUAAUCAAAUUUGGAUCAAAGACAUCAUUUUAUGUGCAUGGAAUAAAUUAUUGCUAAUAAAAUGUUUGUUUUGUAUGAAACGCCCGCUGGCUACGCCAUAUUUCAAUUAUUAGACGAAAAGAAGCUUGCAGAAGUAGACAAUCUUUACUUAGAGUUUCAAACUCCUGAAAAAGCCAAUAAGUUAUUGAAACUAAAACAUUUUGAGAAAUUUAAUGAUACUACGGAAGCAUUGUCAGCGGCUACGGCUGCAGUUGAAGGUAAAAUGUCCAAACCGCUCAAAAAAACUUUGAAGAAGUUAUUCAACAGUGAAGUGCAGUCUUCUUUAUUGGUUGCUGAUGCAAAGCUGGGUAAUGCCAUCAAAGACAAAUUGGCUGUGCCAUGCGUCUAUAACACCGGUGUACAAGAAUUAAUGCGGUGCAUUCGCCAACAGGCUGAUAGUUUAUUGAGUGGUCUGCCAAAGCGUGAAAUGACGGCAAUGGCUCUUGGAUUGGCUCAUUCCCUCUCUCGUUACAAAUUAAAAUUCUCACCAGAUAAAAUCGACACAAUGAUUGUGCAGGCACAAUGUUUGCUGGAUGACUUGGACAAAGAAUUGAAUAACUAUAUGAUGCGAGCACGUGAAUGGUAUGGAUGGCACUUUCCCGAACUUGGCAAACUGAUAACAGAUAAUAUUGCUUUCGUAAAGACUAUUAAGCUAGUAGGUACACGAGAAAAUAUGGCACAAACUGAUCUUUCUGACAUACUCCCAGAGGAAGUAGAAGAGAAAGUAAAGGAGGCGGCUGAAAUAUCUAUGGGUACUGAAAUAUCUGAAGAAGAUAUCAUGAAUAUCCAAUGUCUCUGCGAUGAAAUUCUUUCUAUUGACGAAUACAGAACACAUUUAUACGAUUACUUGAAAACCCGUAUGAUGGCGAUGGCUCCUAAUUUAACCGUUCUUGUUGGGGAAACAGUUGGUGCUCGACUUAUCGCACAUGCAGGCUCUCUCAUAAAUCUAGCUAAACACCCGUCUUCUACAGUACAAAUUUUGGGUGCCGAAAAAGCAUUAUUCCGUGCGUUGAAAACAAAAAAAGAUACACCCAAAUACGGUUUAAUUUUCCACGCGCAAUUGGUUGGACAAGCCAGUUUAAAAAAUAAAGGCAAAAUGUCAAGAUCAUUGGCAGCAAAGGCAUCGUUGGCGACUCGAGUUGAUGCCUUUGGAGAAGAAGCUAGUUGUGAGUUAGGUGCAACGCAUAAAGUUAAAUUAGAAGCACGUCUGCGAUUAUUGGAAGAAGGAAACUUGCGAAAACUUUCAGGAACGGGAAAAGCUAAAGCCAAAUUCGAAAAAUAUCAAUCGAAAAGUGAGGUGUUUACAUAUCAGCCUGAAGCUGACAAUACAUUAUCGGUUAAAAAGCGAAAACAUUCAGAAUCGUCGCCCGCUGAGGUUCAAGAUGAAUCAAUAUUGGAAGCCGAGGAUACAAAUAAAGAUUUAGAACCAGCUGGUGGGGAAAAGAAGAAGAAAAAGAAAAAGAAGAAUAAGAAUCAAGAUCAAGAACAAUCAGAGGCCCCUCCCGCUAAGAAAAAAGCUAAGACUAAGGAGCAAGACUCAGAUUAGCUUACAUAGUUCUUAUUUUAUAAUUCUAGAUUAUAUAUGUAGAUGUACAUAAUAUUUACUAAUAGGCAUAAGUAAUUACAAUUAAUUUUCGGAAUACAUCGUAAUGUAAAUACACAAUAAAAAUUAAAUUUUUAAAG